AUGUCCGGUUCUUUCGGGGGAUGGAUCCAUAAGAAUUCACCUAUCCCAAUAACAAAGAAACCCGACUUGAAUGAUCCUGUAUUAAGAGCAAAAUUGGCUAAGGGGAUGGGACAUAAUUAUUAUGGGGAACCGGCAUGGCCUAAUGAUCUUUUAUAUAUUUUUCCCGUAGUAAUUCUAGGUACUAUUGCAUGUAACGUAGGUCUAGCGGUUCUAGAGCCAUCAAUGAUUGGUGAACCGGCAGAUCCAUUUGCAACUCCUUUGGAAAUAUUACCCGAAUGGUACUUCUUUCCCGUAUUUCAAAUACUCCGUACAGUACCCAAUAAGUUAUUGGGUGUUCUUUUAAUGGUUUCGGUACCAGCGGGAUUAUUGACAGUACCCUUUUUGGAAAAUGUUAAUAAAUUCCAAAAUCCAUUCCGUCGCCCAGUAGCUACAACAGUCUUUUUGAUUGGUACGGCAGUAGCCCUUUGGUUAGGUAUUGGAGCAACAUUACCUAUUGAUAAGUCUCUAACUUUAGGUCUUUUUCAAAUUAAAAUAGAUCUUGAAAUACUAAGGUAAGGCGGGAUAUUACGUAUGUAUCUAGUUAGGCAUACUUCAAAGUUUAUCCUCCUAGAUACAUCUCUUUCAUUUGAUUAUAGAUCUAUUCUGAAGAAUCCACGAAUACAGACUAUGCUGAAGAUUCAAAACAGACUUUGUUUUUGUUUCUUCUUUUUUCGUUAGUGUGUAUAUUUUAGUGUGUAUAUUGAUUAUAUAUUACAAAUUAUUAUUCAAUUCGAAUUGAAUAAUAAUUUGUAAUAUAUAGGAAGAAUAAUUAUAGUAUAAUUUUAUAGUUAGUUUAGUUAUAAAAAAUAAGAA